CACGUCCCGGAUAGCUGAAAUAAUUAUCGUCAGCUGAAUGUAUCUAUAUAUGAGCACUACGAAAAUACAGUCUGCACGCGUGGCUACUGCAAUCAUCGGAUGACACGAGUGAGUUUAAUGUCAAUACAGAACUCCCUCUGCCUGCUUUUUGUGAGGUCAGCCUUCUUAAAGGAGUCGUCAGGUCAGAACGAAGAAUCAUGAGUUGGGACUAGUGAAAGUGUGUGCAGUGAAUACUCAGCCACACGCUGUGACAUGGCUGAGAUCUCAGAAAAUAGAGAGUCUUCUGUAACAGAGGAGAUACCUGAAUUGCAUGUGCAGGAGAAUAAUGACACGAGUGAUCCAGUUGUGACAAAAACACCCUCUGUUAAUUCAGCAUCAGUCCCUACAUCUGUAUCGCCACGACAACCUGGUAAGCCAACAGCAACCGAUGUUGGUAGUGACUAUGUAUAUAUCUCUUGGGAUCAGACAGAGGACAAGGAUGUCACCUAUUAUGAGAUUAAAUUAAAGCCAUUAGCAAGUGGAGCUUGGUCAAAAGUGUCCAUUUUUACAGAUGAUGACAAGCCUGUUAAGCAGAUACUUGACCUUGACCAAGGUACUGAAUACGAAUUCAAAGUUCGCGCACAUUAUGAAAGUGAAGAAGGCCCGUUUAGUGACAAGAGCGACCCUGUACUAACAAAAUCAUCAAUGGCUGCAAGAAAACCUGGAAAGCCAGCAGCGACAGAUGUUGGUAAUGACCAUAUAUAUAUCGUCUGGAAUGAGCCAGAAGAUAAGGAUGUCACUUAUUAUGAGAUCAAGUUGAAACAAGUAAAAGAUGUAGCUUGGUCAAAAAUAUCCCAUUUUACAGAUGACGACAAGCCUGUUAAGCAAAUAUAUGAUCUUGACCCUGCAACCAACUAUGAGUUCAAAGUACGAGGACAUUACCAAGACGAAGAAGGUCCAUAUAGUGACACGAGUGAUCCAGUUAUGACAAAAACACCCACUCUUAAUUCAGCAUCAGUCCCUACAACUGUAUCGCCACGACAACCUGGUAAGCCAACAGCAACCGAUGUUGGUAGUGACUAUGUGUAUAUCUCUUGGGAUCAGACAGAGGACAAGGAUGUCACCUAUUAUGAAAUUAAAUUAAAGCCAUUAGGAAGUGGAGCUUGGUCAAAAGUAUCCAUUUUUACAAAUGAUGACAAGCCUGUUAUGCAGAUACGUGACCUUGACCAAGGUACUGAAUACGAAUUCAAAGUUCGCGCACAUUAUGAAAGUGAAGAAGGCCCGUUUAGUGACAAGAGCGACCCUGUACUAACAAAGUCAUCAAUUGCUGCAAGAAAACCUGGAAUGCCAGCAGCGACAGAUGUUGGUAAUGACCAUAUAUAUAUCGUCUGGAAUGAGCCAGAAGAUAAGGAUGUCACUUAUUAUGAGAUCAAGUUGAAACAAGUAAAAGAUGUAGCUUGGUCAAAAAUAUCCCAUUUUACAGAUGACGGCAAGCCUGUUAAGCAAAUAUAUGAUCUUGACCCUGCAACCAACUAUGAGUUCAAAGUACGAGGACAUUACCAAGACGAAGAAGGUCCAUAUAGUGACACGAGUGAUCCAGUUAUGACAAAAACACCCUCUGUUAAUUCAGCAUCAGUCCCUACAACUGUAUCGCCACGACAACCUGGUAAGCCAACAGCAACCGAUGUUGGUAGUGACUAUGUGUAUAUCUCUUGGGAUCAGACAGAGGACAAGGAUGUCACCUAUUAUGAGAUUAAAUUAAAGCCAUUAGCAAGUGGAGCUUGGUCAAAAGUAUCCAUUUUUACAGAUGAUGACAAGCCUGUUAAGCAGAUACGUGACCUUGACCAAGGUACUGAAUACGAAUUCAAAGUUCGCGCACAUUAUGAAACUGAAGAAGGCCCGUUUAGUGACAAGAGUGACCCAGUUAUGACAAGACCACCGUCUAUGAACUCUGCACCAACAGUUUCGAAACAGCCAGGUAAACCAGUGGUUACAGAUGUUGGUAAUGACUAUAUAUGUUUAUCUUGGGAUAAACCACGAGAUCAAGACGUCACAUAUUAUGAAAUCCAGUUGAAAUCAAUGUCAAACAAAUCUUGGUUCAAGAUUUCCCAUUUUACAGAUGACACUGUCCCAUAUAUGAAGAUUAGCGACCUUAACCAUACAACUGAAUAUGAGUUCAAAGUUCGAGGACAUUAUGAAAAUGAAGAGGGUCCGUUUAGUGACACGAGUGAUCCAAUUAAUACAAAACAACUAUCUGUUACUUCAGCAUCAGUUCUUACAACGGCGUCACCACAUAAAGCUGGUAAACCAGCAACAACAGAUGUUGGUGGUGACAUAAGUGAUCCAAUAACAACAACAGCAUCAACUGAUUCAAGACAACCUGGUAAGCCAGUAGCCACAGAUGUUGGCGGAGACUAUGUAUGUAUCACUUGGGAAAAGCCAGAACACAAGGAUGUCACUUAUUAUGAGAUCAAGGUGAAACAAUCAGCAACUGAAGCUUGGUCACAAGUAUCUCAUUUUACAAAUGACGGCAGAAAUUAUGAACAGAUAAGCAAUCUUGUUCAUAAAACUGAAUACGAAUUCAAAGUUCGAGCACAUUACAAAAAUGAGGCAGGGCCAUUUAGUAGCAUAAGUGAUCCAGUUGUGACACAGAUAUUGGUACCAAUACGCAAACCUGGGAAGCCAGUAGAACUAGAUGCUGGAGUCGAUUAUGUAUUUCUUUCUUGGGAUAAACCAGUUUUAGAAAGAAACGUGACGUCUUACGAGAUAAAAUCAAAAGAGUUGAAAGAUUCGGGAUGGACCAAGAUGCCUAUAUUCACAGAUGGUAACAAAUCUCUUUACUGUGUGAGUGGUCUCUUUUCUUCUACAACAUACGAGUUCAAGGUUCGAUCACACUAUGGGGAAGAAGAAGGGGAAUUCAGUGACAAAAGUGACCCCAUCAUAACUCUUUCAUCAGAGGGCAAUGAAGGUUCAUCAAAAGCACAUGCAAUGAGCACCAGUGGAUUACUUGGAUUUGACACACACUCGAGAGCUUCAGUAAAACCCAGUAAGCUAUGUGCUAUAAGUACUGAAAGUGAUUGCAUAGUUCUGUCAUGGGAUAUGCUUUCCGAUGAAGAUGUAUGCUACUACGAAGUCAAGUAUAAAACUCUCAAAGAAACAACUUGGGGAAAGAACACAGUGCUAACCAAGGACACUGCAUCAGUACAAACUAUAAGUGGAUUAUUACAAGAAACUGAAUACGUGUUCAAGGUGAAAGCGCAUUUCGAGGAUAGCGAAAGUGAAUACAGUGAUCAGAGCGACCCCAUUAAGACAAGCCAGUCUUCAGCGUUAGCCGUCAAGGGGUUCUGUGUAAAACUACAAGAUGGAGAGCCAGCUUUCUACAAACUCCCGCUGUGUGAAAAUGUAGCAGCCAGAAAUGAAAGAUUCAAAACACGUAAAUUUGAAUUUGGCUCGUCACAGCAUGUAAGCGAAAGGACAAUUAUGAUGAUUGGAGCAACCGGUUCAGGGAAAAGCACUUUGAUCGAUGGAAUGGCAAACCAUCUUCUUGGUGUGAAAUGGGAAGACGACUUCCGUUUUAUAAUGAUCGACUUGACGGCCGAGGAAGAAGAAAAAAAAGGAAGACAAACUGUGUCGCAAACGAAUUGGAUUACAAGUUACAGAUUGCAUCCAAAAAUUUCAAGUGUUAAAUACAUUUUAAAUAUCAUCGACACCCCAGGCUUUGGAGAUACUCGAGGAAUUGAACGAGACAAGGAAUUAGUGGAACAGAUUCAAGCUUUCUUCACAACUGAAGGCGUCAAAGGAAUAGAAACAAUAGAUGCGAUAUGCUUCGUCACGCAAGCCCCUCUUGCAAGACUGACUCCAACUCAAACAUACAUCUUUGAUGCGAUCUUAUCAAUCUUUGGAAAAGAUAUGACGGAUAACAUCGUUGCUAUGAUUACUUUUGCAGAUGGAAAAGAUCCCCCGGUACUGAAUGCAUUAGACCAAGCUAAGGUCCCGUACUGUAAGCACUAUGUAUUCAACAAUUCAGCACUUUUUGAACCAAAUACAGAAGGGAAAUGCAACAGAUUUGGAAAGAUGUUUUGGGAGAUGGGAUUUCAAAGUUGCAUUGACUUUUUCGCAUGUGUAUCAACUCUGGAAAAACGGAGUCUGCAGUUGACAGCAGAGGUACUGAAAAUGAGAGAGCAACUGAACACAACCAUCGAAGGUCUCAUACCACAGAUAGAUGUCGGUCUUCAAGACCUUGCUACUAUGAAGGCAGAAAGAGAUCUCGUAGAGAAAUUUGAAAGGCAAAUACGCGAUAAUAAAAACUUCAGAUAUAAGACAACAGAAUUUCACCAAGAGAAAGAAACCAUAAAGCCAGGACAAUAUGUGACCAACUGCACAUUUUGCCAUAUAUCAUGUCAUUUUCCUUGUCAUGUCCGUAAGGACGAGGAGAAACACCGCUGUUCGGCCAUGAAGGAUGGUGUUUGCAAGGUUUGUCCUAAAAACUGCUCAUGGGAAUUACACAGGAACAAUGAUUAUCGAAUACAAGUUAAAACGGUCACCGUGGAGAAAACUUACCAGCAGAUGAAAACGAAAUAUGAAUUUGCAGCAAAGGAAAGGGUUUCAAAACAGAAAAUCCUUCAGUCAAUUAAAAGAAAAUUUGUAAAUCUAAAGGAUAAUGUUUGCAGGAAUCUUGCACUUGUCCGCAAUUACGGAAACUACUUGAGGCAAAAUGCCAUAAAGUCUAAUCCUCUGACAGAAGUUGAAUAUCUCGAUGUUAUGCUUCAGUCAGAAAAAAAAGAGAAAAAACCUGGCUUUCAACAACGGAUUAAAAUGUUGCACAUGAUAAGGAGGCAAGCUGAACUCGCUCAAAGCGCAAUAACUUUUGAUAACGUUGACAAUUUGUUGAAACAUAUGGGAUUUGAUGACAUGUAG